AUGCGCUCAGUGAAAUACCACUUGGCCUACUGGGCCGUUGCCUGCACGGCGGACAUCAUCUACCGGGCCUCGACCCUGAUACUGGGGGUUCCUGAGGCUGUUCUACAGGCGCUCCUGGUCCCUCUUCUGGUCUUCUUCGUCACCCUCGUCGUGCAGGGGCCGUCUCCCCAACCAUGGCCACGCCUUUACUACGUCGCUUCCAGUGUCCUCCUAGUCGCCUUGGGAUCUCUUUCUCGAUAUUUCCGCAUGUCAUCUGCUGGAAGCAUGCAGCCUAGUAGCUUCGUUCACUGCUGCGUGGCAUUUGAGGUCGUGGGCGUCUUGGAGUCCAUCAGACAAGACAGGCAAGAUAUCGAGCCUUGCACCGUAGGCAUCGUUCUCGAAGCCCCGCAUCGCUGCCUGGUAUUCCGUCGGCGCCGGGACCGCGGCCAAAAGUUCAUCUCGCUCUUGUUCUCCUGGCGCGGCAUGCUGGACUUUUACGCGCGCUGGUUCUCCUAUCUCCUGACAUUACUGGUUGUCACCGCCAUCCUGGACCUCUUUCUGACGAGGUCCUAUGGCACGAGCGCCUCGUGCCUUUCCAUCGUCGCGUACAACUUGCUCGACGCCCACGUGCACAUUGGCAGUCCGGUCUUGCUGUUUUACAUGGCCGCGGCCGUGGCAGACGUGGCAGAAACGGUGCGUACACCCGCCCACCUUUCUCGUGUCGGUCGCAUGCCCCGAGGCAGCAGUCCAUGCUAA